AUGCUGGACACCGAGUGCCAAACGGUCCCACCACUUGAAGUUGAAGAGUUCCUCCUGAACAAUUCCCCACCUCCCGAUUAUUUACUUCCGACAGUAAAUGACCUCCUUAAAGCUUCAAGAUCACAAUUGUCAAUCAUCCAAGGAGAGAUGGAUGCGCUCGCGAAGCUCCUGGGCGCUGUCAGACAACGAUUCGAGGCGACCCAGCAGUCGAUCAACAAGUACGAGACCAUCCUAUCCCCAAUACGCCGUGUUCCUGCCGAUGUCCUGGGCGAGAUAUUCGCCCACUGCCUUCCUACUCAUCGCAACCCCCUUUUCCUCUCGUCGGAGGCACCAAUCUUGCCCAGCCAUGUCUGCAGAUCCUGGAGGGCUAUGGCGCUUUCCACGCCUUCUCUUUGGGCACGAUUUCAUGUAUCGUUGCCUGGAGUUGCAUCCGAAUUAGAGAGCGAAUCAGCCGAUACGCUUUUGAGCGGUACAAGUCAUACUAACAACUUCCUUGCGCUAUACCAGCAGAUCAUGGAACGGCGAAGUAAUGCUGUUAAGGAAUGGCUGACAAGAUCUGGGGCCUCCCCAUUGUCCCUCUCGAUUUUCGCACAGACCACUUACCGUGAUUUCCUUACGGAGAUUACAUCUCGUUCAGCGGAGCUAGUUCUCGACGCUAUCGCGUCCUGUUGCGAACGCUGGAAAGGGAUCGAGUUUACCAUGCCUCUAGCAUUGUACCAAAAGUUGGAAGCUAAACUUAAUUUCAGGAAGCCCCCUUGUCUCACCCAGAUUCGAAUCAGCCUUGAUAAUCGCAUGCACAGUCCUUUCGCGGGAGACGGCGCUGCACCUCCACCGUCCGUUACCUUGCUAUCGGCGCCAAAUGUUCAAGGAGUAUCCCUGUCUUUUCCUGUCACCACUCAACCAUUCAACUUUUCUUCCUUGGACAAACACAAUGAGAUGGCGCCUAUUUGGGACCAACUCACUCGCCUGUUCUUGCACACAAUGAUCCCAGAUACGGAUGUACGCCUUUUCCUGCGAGCUUGCCCCAGACUGAUUGACUGCGGUCUGUGGGCUUUUGCUGCAGCGGAUCACUUUGGCACGAUGGUCCCCACUGAAAGUGAUGUCCCAGUCGGCGUCAUUUCUCUUCCCCACCUUCAGAUAUUCAAGAUAACGGAUGGUGGCUUUCCUUCCACAAUGAGAAACACCUUUGCUUCACUUUUUGUCCCAGAAUUAAGGAGGAUCGACUACUGGAGGGUUCAUCCAUACUACGACACUUCCGGCUCCCAACCUCCUCCGCUCGCCCUACUCGAAGCGGGUCAGUCCAUUAGCACUUUCCAUUUCGACCCACAAGGCGUCCCUAAAGAGACGAUCAUACAAUGCCUCCGCACUAUACCGAAGUUGAAGCAUCUCAUCAUCGGUGGAAGACCGGCGCCUCACAAACCUGAAAUUAUGCCGACCAAUGUGUGGACUCCCCCAUUCAGAACGACUGCACUCCCGCUUGAGGACUUAGUCGUCAGAGAAGACGCUCACCUUGAUGAUGUGGACAACGAUAUCCUGCUGCCGUCUUUAGAGACCUUCGAGAUAUAUGAACCCUUCGCCAACGUCUCUGACAGCACCUUGCAGAAAUUCAUUUGCAGUCGGGUGGGACUCGCAGCGGCAAGAAAAGGCAUCUCGUCCCUGAGGAGGGUCAAAGGACGUUUCGAACGACCUAUGCAAGAGGACAUCAGCGGAGAAGUGAAGCAGUGCGGCGCAGAAGCGGGCGUCGAUGUCGGCCUGGAGUUGACAUAUCUGACCGAUAACCUGGAAACCAAAAAUCCAUUUUCAGUUGAGUUUGGACUGACACAGAUAACUAGGAGAACCUGGAUUUACUCCGUUCUCGAGUCCUAA